ACGUACACACCAGUAUAUAUACCUUGCAAAGUAUGGUAGUUAUGCUUGAAUUGCAUAAAGUUUUUGCUUUAAAAUAUUUAUAGGUGUCGCUUAACGGAGGAGAUCGAGUGGAAUUAGAAUCUGUCCUAAAUAAAACAAAGUUAGAAUGGUGGCCAGAGGUUUGAACCAUUGGUCAGACAUUCUAGUGGUCAUUAUUUAUUUCCUGGCCGUGCUUGCUGUGGGGUUAUGGGCAUUUUGGCGACAUGCUCGUGGAACAGUGAAUAGCUACUUUUUGGCGGGACGACAGAUGACAUGGUUUCCUAUCGGAGCCUCCAUAUAUUCCAGUAACAUUGGCACAGAACAUUUCAUAGGACUGGCUGGAUCCGGAGCGGCCGCGGGCAUCGCCAUGAUUUCUUAUGAAUGGACGGGCCUCCCACUCAUUGCUCUAGCAGCAUGGUUCUUCCUUCCGGUUUAUAUUUCGGCAAAGGUGUACACAUUACCAGAGUAUCUUGGGAAGAGAUUUGGGGGCCAGAGAAUUCGCAUCUACAUGAGCAUGGUGUCCCUUGUCCUGUACAUCAUAACCAAACUAGCGGUCAGCAUUUUCUCCGGAGCGUUAUUCAUACAGCUUUCUCUGGGCUGGAAUAACUAUGUUGCCAUAGCCUCCCUCUUGCUGGUCACGGGGAUAUACACCGUUCUAGGUGGUCUGACAGCUGUUAUCUAUACAGAUGCUUUUCAAACCAUUGUCUUGACUUUAGGAUCGUUUGCUGUAGUUGGAAUAAGUUUUAACAAAAUUGGUGGUUAUGGAGAAUUUCAAAAGAAAUACAUGGAGUCCAUACCUUCAAUCCGAAAUGAGAACACUACAUGCGGACUGCCACGAAGUGAUGCAUUCCACAUUUUUCGAGACCCUGUGAACUCUGACAACCCAUGGCCUGGUUUGCUUCUUCAGUCCAGCAUUGGUUGUUUGUGGUACUGGUGCUGCGAUCAGGUUAUUAUCCAGCGUUCCCUGGCUGCCAGGAAUCUGUCUCAUGCCAAAGGUGGAGCUCUACUUGCGGGGUACCUUAAGAUGCUCCCACUGGUGAUGAUGAUUUUCCCAGGGAUGAUUAGCAGAGCUCUCUACCCAGAUGAAGUAGGGUGCGCGGAUCCUGAGGAGUGCAAGAAGUACUGUGAUAACCCUGUUGGCUGUUCUAACAUUGCCUAUCCUAAACUUGUCAUGGAACUUUUGCCAUAUGGUGUCCGCGGAUUGCUGAUGGCCGUGAUGCUGUCAGCCAAUAUGAGUUCCCUAACUUCCAUCUUUAAUAGCUCGAGUACUAUCUUCACUAUGGACCUCUGGAGACCCAUGCGCCCUAGAGCAAGAGAUAGAGAAUUGUUGAUCGUAGGCAGAAUCUUUAUUGUGAUCCUUUGUGUGGUCAGUAUUCUAUGGAUACCGUUGGUAAGAUCAUCACAAGGAGGGCAACUCUUUGCCUACAUCAAUGCAGUUCAGAGCUAUCUGGGAACACCAAUUGGAGCGCUGUUUUUUCUCGCUGUCGCUUGGAAACGUAUGACGGAACAAGGAGCUUUCUGGGGAAUGCUGAUUGGUCACAUGAGCGGGAUAAUAAGGUUGGGACUCGAUUUGGCAUAUCCUGCGCCUCAAUGUGGGGAGGAGGAUGAACGCCCCUCUGUUCUCGCGAAUCUCCACUAUACGUACUUUGGUGCUCUAGUCGUUAUAAUCACCUCCGUCGCUAUCAUCGUCAUCAGCCUACUUACCAAACCACAGACAGAAGAAGAGAUGAAGAAUCUGACUUGGCAAACACGGAUCACUGUACACAUUAGCAAUGAGGAGAGCGAAGACGAAAUGGUCAAAGAUAAUCCUGAAACUAAUUUUAAGGUGUCUUCAGAAAAAACUAUCGCGUCUGAAGAAAAUCUUGCUUCCGUGGUAGGGAAGUCCAAGAACCACCGUUCGCUUUGGAAACAUUGGGUGAAUGAAAUAUGUGGUUUGGCAUCAGAGGAAAACAAAGAAGAGAUGGUGUUUGACGAUGCGCGAUCGAAGAUAUUUUUAACUGAAAAUUCAAAAUGGCGGACUGUAUUGGCUGUCAAUUUUGUAAUAGGAAUUAGCAUUACAGGAAUUUUAUAUGGCCUUUUCCAUUAAAUUUUAAAUCAUCUGUAUUAAAAUAAAUUCUUCCAGUUUUUAUGUAUAUCGUAUAAAUUUUAUUUGUAUCAUCGAUGUGAAUGUAUAUGUAAAUGUCAAAAAUACAGAACAGAAAAUAUCAUCUGAUAAAA